AUGGAGGAUUUCAAUAAUGUGAUCACAAGUCAAGGCAGAAUUGGAGGAAAUAGUGUGACUGUAGUGGAACAUAGAGACUUGGUCCACAUGAUGAACAUAAGUGGUUUGUAUGAAGCUGACACAAGGGGAGGUAAUUUCACUUGGUCUAAAAAUCGUAGAAAUGAUGUCAUAUACUCCAGGAUUGAUCAUAUGUUAGGUAAUAUGGAUUGGUUCCAAAAGUAUUCUGAGGCCGUACUGGAAAUUUUGGCCCCCAAUAUAUUUGAUCAUGCACCUAUAAGGAUCAGAACUGACCAGCAGACCUCUCAAAGGAGAUACAUGUUCAAGUUCCUGAACUGCAUCACUCAGGAUCCAUCUUAUACUCAGGUUGUCCAAGAGAGUUGGAAGAACAGAAUUCAUGGGACUGUUAUGCAUAUUUUCUGGAGCAAGUUGAGGAGACUCCAUCCAACCCUUAAACCCCUCAUUAAGAAGAGCACUAAUAUACAGAUCCAAAUUCAGCAAGCUGGGCAUGAACUAAUGCAAGCCCAAGAACACCUUACUAAUGACUUGUUUGAUGUGCAGGCUAAAGAGCAGGUCAAGAUUUUCCAGGAUAAAAUUACUCAAUUGAAUCAAAAUGAAGAGAGAAUGUUGAUGCAAAAAUCCAAGGUCACUUGGCUGCAAUUGGGAGAUAGCAAUAAUGCUUAUUUUCAUGCAUUGGUGAAAGAAAAAAACAGACAGAAGGACAUCUAUUCUCUUAUUGCUUUGGAUGGGAGAAUAUUAUCAACACAUGAUCAAAUAGAAGAUGAAAUCCUUGACUUCUACACUACACUAGUGGGAAACAAGGCUACUGAGCUCAAAGGGAUAGACAUCACUGCAAUUAGGAGGGGAAAGUUGUUUCCUUGA